AUGAUUGUGUCUUCACUCAGCAUCCUCUCGCCACAGUCCAGGUUACGACGACACUUAGCGUCGAUUGGUAUUCGAUUGGUAUACCCAACGUCUAAAGAGAUUUCGGAGCAAAUUAUUGCUCAUGUGAAGACCCUUGCACAAAAGGAUGUCGGGAACUGGCUCAGGAGGUUUUUUAAUGAGGCUGGCUCGGCCUUUGCUGGUUUGCACGAAGAUAGCUACUUUCUGGUUUCUUCGACCAAUCCAGUAUUAUCCAAAGGGCCUCGUCCCUUGGAAAUAGUAAUCACGAAGGACCUAGGAGAUGGGGAAAGACCGAACAAAAAGUGGAAUGCCAACCUUCAUUUCUGA